GCCAAUUUCAUCACUCUGGAUGCCCGUGCUCUUCUCAUCUGUCUACUUCGUAUACAGUUCACGUCAGCCAGGAGACUUAGCACCAACGAACGGGUGCUGAGCGAGUCACCACACUCGCUUUAUCCUCCACUGUCCCUAUUCCUCGUUGCAGAGGUUCUGUACCGCCAUCUCAACCUCUCUCCGCCUCCUCUUUUGCGGUCGGCAAUCACCUUGAUCCCCGAGCAUGGCCUGUCGCUCGAGGACCUGCAUAUAACGCCAUGAGACUAUGGCAACCCUUUCUGUCCCUUCUCUGCCUCAAUUCAGACCCUCGUCUCCGAGUAGUCGAUCUCAAUCCCCUGCAAGAUUCACAAGCAGCUCGUCAUCAAUAACCUCGUCCUACUCCCUUUUGACCCCCGAAGCCACAGCCGACCAUUUGAACACGUCGCUCAAGGCUGGCUUGCAACAGUCCGAAGCCCACGCAAGACUUCACAAAGAUGGUCCAAAUGAGUUGCCUCAUGAAGAGCCGGAACCUUUGUGGCUGCGGUUUCUGAAGCAGUUCAAGGAAACUCUCAUCUUACUCCUCCUUGGCUCCGCCGGAAUCUCCUUUUUCAUCGGCAACAGAGAUGAUGCCCUGAGCAUUGCCCUCGCAGUUACCAUUGUGGUCACAGUUGGCUUUGUCCAGGAAUAUCGAUCUGAAAAGUCGCUCGAAGCCCUCAAUCGCCUGGUACCCCAUUAUGCCCACGUCAGACGGGCCGGCCUUGGCUCUGGUUCUUCCGCCCUGUCCAGAAGCCAUGGUGAAACCGACGGCAUUGAGAUGAGUGCUGUGCCCAAUGGCGCCGCUGUUCCCCCAGAACAGAAGUCCACAACCACAAUCCCAGCCUCCAAGCUCGUUCUGGGUGACUUGGUCGUCUUCUCCACCGGCGAUCGAGUCCCUGCCGACAUUCGAAUCACCAAAUCGGCCGACCUGACCAUCGACGAGGCGAACCUGACGGGUGAAAACGAACCUGUGGAGAAGCACUCGGCGGCUCUUGACAAGUCUUCCCUCAAGUCCGAGGCUCGCCAUGGAACUCCUGAUCCAUUCAAUGUGGCAGGGACCGUGGGCGCCGACGUCCGUUUGAAUGAACAACACAACAUUGCCUUUAUGGGAACAUUGGUUCGCUCAGGACAUGGUGAAGGCAUUGUCAUCGCCACGGGGGGAAAUACAGAAUUCGGCACAAUCUCUCUCUCCUUGCAAGAAAUCGAGGCGCCAAGAACUCCUCUUCAGCAUGCGAUGGAUCUACUCGGGAAGCAGUUGAGCUACAUGUCAUUUGUGGUGAUUGGCAUCAUCAUGGUCAUUGGUCUCCUCCAAGGGAAGAAGCCUCUCGAUCUAUUCACCAUUGGCGUCUCCCUAGCAGUAGCUGCCAUUCCUGAGGGACUCCCCAUCAUCGUCACUGUCACUCUGGCUUUAGGUGUACUGCGCAUGGCCAAACGUGGCGCCAUAGUACGGAAGUUACCCAGUGUCGAAACCCUGGGUUCGGUCAAUGUAGUUUGCAGUGACAAAACAGGCACCCUCACACUCAGUCACAUGACGGUCAUGAAAAUGUGGCACUUUGACGCUCCCAGACCUUUGAAAAUUGACGUCUCCGCUCAGAUUCCACCGGCGCUGAAGAACAUACUCCGUAUCGGAAAUGUGGCCAACAAUGGGAGACUGGGAGAGACGAAAUCCGGAUCCGCCGCCGUACUGUCAUCUACUAGAGAUAUGUCGGCGACAAACACCAAAAGCAGAUGGCUCGGUCAACCCACCGAUAUUGCCAUGCUGGACUUGUUAGAUUCUUUUGGGGAAGACGACAUCCGUGACGAAAUCGGGCAGCGAGUCAAGGAAACCCCUUUCAGUUCGGACCGGAAAUGGAUGGGAGUGGUCGUGGCAAGCGCCUUGGGCGAAAUGACUAAUGGCCUAGGCUCAGAAACGGCCUACAUCAAAGGCGCCUUGGAACAAGUGAUUGUUCGAUGUGAUACCUAUCUCACAAAGGACGGCCAAGAAUUUGUGAUUGACCAGAAGAGACGACAGGAAGCACAAGAGGCGGCUAAAUCCAUGGCUGAGGAAGGCUUACGAGUGCUAGCUUUUGCCAGUGGCAGCAUCAAGAGAGCAAAACAAGGCAGCCGCAGUUCGACGCCAUCCGGAGACAAGAAAGGCGAGGCUGAUGUAUUUACGGGGCUUUGUUUCGCUGGAUUGGUGGGGAUGAACGACCCUCCUCGGAAAGACGUGCAUCGAUCGAUUCGAAGAUUGUUGAACGGCGGAGUCAAGGUGAUUAUGAUCACAGGCGACGCAGAAACGACUGCGGUGGCCAUUGCCAAGAACCUGGGAAUGCCCAUCAACAGCCCAUCGUCGGCAUCGCGUUCGGUGCUUCGCGGGGACGAGCUGGACCACAUGUCAGAACAAGAACUGUCCGAGGCAAUCGGCCACACGACCAUCUUUGCUCGGACGAGUCCCGAUCACAAGAUGAAGAUUGUCCGCGCUCUUCAGGCCCGGGGAGAUGUCGUUGCUAUGACAGGAGAUGGAGUCAACGACGCUCCCGCUCUUAAAAAGGCGGAUAUCGGUAUUGCCAUGGGCCUGUUGGGGACUGACGUUGCCAAAGAAGCAGCGGAUAUGAUUCUGACUGACGACGACUUUUCGACCAUUCUACGAGCCAUUGAACAAGGCAAAGGCAUCUUCUACAACAUUCAAAACUUUAUCACAUUUCAGUUGAGCACUAGCGUGGCGGCGUUGACGUUGAUUCUGAUCAGUACCAUGUUUGGAUUCCGAAAUCCUCUGAAUGCGAUGCAGAUUCUGUGGAUCAACAUUCUCAUGGACGGACCACCGGCACAAUCACUCGGCGUGGAACCAGUUGAUCCUCGAGUCAUGCAUCAACCACCAAGACCACGCAACGCGAACGUGCUCACAAGACGACUACUCCGACGGGUCAUUACAUCAGCAAUGAUUAUCAUGAUUGGGACAUUGACCAUUUAUCUUCACGAGAUGGUGGAUGAAAAUGAUCCGACAGCAGCAGGCGAAAGUGGUGCAACGCGGGUGCGGCGAAGUGUGGUGACGAAACGCGACACGACCAUGACAUUCACGACAUUUGUUCUUUUCGACAUGUUCAAUGCGUUGACAUGUCGAUCCGAGGCAAAAUCGGUCUUGUUUGGAGAGUUGAAGUUGUUUGGCAACAAGAUGUUCAACUAUGCGGUGGCGGGCAGUCUAGGAGGACAACUGUGUGUGAUUUAUCUACCAUUUUUGCAACGUGUCUUUCAAACUGAGGCACUGGGUCUCUGGGAUCUGUUGACCCUGAUUUGCAUUUCGAGUACAGUGUUCUGGGUUGACGAGGUGAGGAAGUGGGUAGAGAAGAGACGCAACUCUGGACAUUUGCCGAGCAUUGGGUAUUCGGCGACGGUAUAAGAACAGGAGGAGAAGGAGGUGAUGGGGAAAGUAUGGUUGGGUCUAGAUCAUGGACCUGAGUAUAGAUGUUAAGAUGAUCAAAAGUUAUAUUGGCCUGGUGAGUGCGAGUGUGGGAUUGUGAUGUAGUGAGUUGUCCGGCGAAACAUACGUCUUCUGGGUUGAUAUCGUGUAUAUGGCCCAGGUAGAGGAUUAGCUGUCUGUAUACUAUAUAUGACGAUGUCGCAAGCCUCGUUGCGGGAAAUUCCGACUGCGAGUAUGCAUAGAACCCAAUAGAAACAAGAUAAUAUACGC